CCGCUCUCUGUCCCGGAGGGAAAAAAAAAACAGGGAAAAGUUUGAGGAAAAGGAUAAAACUGAGCGAAAAGGAGGAGAGGACAUACUCGGACACCAUGUUGGAUUUACUUUCAUGUCUUUUUCUCCUUUUCUGAACUUUUUUUCUGACUUUGGAGGCGUCCAUCUUGAAGUUUGGAGGAUUUUCUGCCCCUUCUUCUUCUCCUCUACCUUUAUAAAAACCGGAUCUGCUUGUGGAUUUUAUUUGACUUCUCAGCUCCAAUGAGGCGCGCGCGGCCGGCCGAGAGCGAGCCCAGCUGACGUCACUGAUCGAUAGUUGUGAUCGGCUGUCUGAUCGAGUUUGGCUUCGAUCGUCCCGGGGGGGAUGGAGGGAGUCCGGGCUGUGCUGCUCCUCCUCCCGCUGCUCCUGCUCCAUGGCUGCUCCGCCGACGAAGAAGUUCUAAUGAACACGAAGUGGGAAACGUCUGACCUUCGUUGGACGAACUUUCCUGCCGACGACCCCCAGUGGGACGAGGCGAGCGGAUUGGACGAUGAGAUGAACAGCGUGAGGACGUAUUCCAUCUGUACUCCUGACAGUCCGUCCUCCUAUUGGCUGAGGACUCGAUGGAUCCCGAGGAAGGCGGCGACGACAGUCUACGUGGAGAUCCGGUUCACCAUGACGGAGUGUGCCGGUCUCAACCGCCGUCACUGCAAAGAGACCUUUAACCUCUUCUACUACCAGUCUGACAGCGAUGAGGCCACACCCACUCACCCGGCCUGGAUGGAGAACCCGUACACCAAGGUGUCCACGGUGGCGGCCGACCACCUGCUGCCAACCACCUGCUGCCGGGAGAAACGCUCCAACGUCAAGCUGCUGCGCCUGGGGCCGCUCAGGGGGGCGGGGCUUUACCUGGCCUUCCAGAGCCAGGGCACCUGUAUGGCCCUGCUGUCUGUGCGCGUCUUCUACAGGAAGUGCCCGCCCCUCCGCCGUGCUUUCGCCUUUUUCCCUGAAACCGUCCCCCAUUCUCUGGUGGAGCAGGCCCAGGGUGUGUGCGUGGAGAACGCUGUCACGCCACCUGGUGAGCAGUCUCGGCCUCCCAGCAUGCUCUGCGGCGAGGACGGGCAGUGGGUGGGACAGCCGUCAUCCAGCUGUGCCUGUCGCCCCGGAUACGAGGCGGGUGACAGCGACGUACGCUGUCGAGCCUGUCCGUCUGGUCAGUUUAAGGCGGGGUCAGGACCCGCCGGCUGCAGCCCAUGUCCGGCCAAUAGUGACACACGGAUCCCCGGCUCCGCCUACUGCCCGUGCCACCAUGGCUACCACCGAGCAGACUCCGACCCACCACACUCCGCCUGCACCCGCCCGCCCUCUGCCCCUCGCUCCAUCGUGAGUCAGAUCAACGAGUCGUCAGUGACACUGGAGUGGAGCGAGCCGCUCGACCGAGGAGGGCGAGGAGACCUGACCUACAGAGUGCUCUGCUCCCGCUGUGGCUCUGCCUCUGUUACCAAGGGAUUGGCUGGUUCCUGUUCCCUGUGUGACGACAGCAUCCUGUACCGGCCGGCGCAGCACGGUCUGAUUCAGCGCCGCGUGGUCGUCUGGGGGCUUCGCCCACACACCAGAUACACCUUCACCAUCCAAUCGCUGAACGGUGUCUCAGCUCUCAGCCAAUCAGAACCGGCCUCCGACAGAGUCAACGUCACCACCAGCAGAGACGUUCCUCCCCCGGUGUUAGGCCUGAGGAGGGCGGCGGCCUCAGAGAGCAGCCUGUCCCUGGAGUGGAACGUUCCGGCGGUUCAGAGUCCGUACCCCAUCCUGGACUACCAGCUGCGCUACAGUCCGAAGGAGGGCGAGGAGGCGGGGCAGUGGCAGUACGUGUCCAGCAGGUCUUCUUCUGUGGUGGUGUCGGGGCUCCAGCGGGCUGCCCAGUAUCAGGUUCAGGUCCGCGCUCGCUCGCAGGCCGGGUUCGGAUCCUUCAGCACGGCGAGCAGCUUCAACACGCUGCCUGAUGGCCCGGCUCACUCACAGCUGGUGCUGAUAGGAGUUCUGGUGUCCAUGGGGAUCCUGCUGCUGGUUGCCAUGGCGAUGGUUACUCUGUAUUGUUACAGGAGGAGAGCGAGGGACUCGGACUUGAACGAUAAGAGCGGACACUACCAGAUGGGUCAGACGAUGAAGGUCUACAUCGACCCGUUUACCUAUGAGGACCCUAACGAGGCGGUGAGGGAGUUCGCCAAAGAGAUCGAGGCAUCCUUUGUGAAGAUUGAGGAGGUGAUUGGAGCAGGUGAGUUUGGCGAGGUGUGCCGUGGUCGGCUCAGAGUACCUGGCAGGAAGGAGAACUACGUGGCCAUCAAAACCCUGAAGGGUGGGUACACAGAGAAGCAGAGGCGGGACUUCCUGUCUGAGGCGUCCAUCAUGGGUCAGUUCCAGCACCCCAACAUCAUCCACUUGGAGGGCGUGAUCACCACGUCGUGUCCCGUCAUGAUCCUCACUGAGUUCAUGGAAAAUGGAGCACUGGACAGCUUCCUGAGGAUGAAUGACGGACAGUUCACCACUAUCCAGCUGGUGGGGAUGCUGCGUGGGAUUGCGGCUGGGAUGAAGUAUCUGUCCGACAUGAGCUUCGUCCAUCGAGACCUGGCUGCUCGAAACAUCCUGGUGAACUCCAACCUGGUCUGUAAGGUGUCGGACUUUGGUUUGAGCCGGUUCCUGACUGAAAACUCAUCAGACCCCACCUACACAAGCUCUCUGGGAGGAAAGAUUCCUAUUCGGUGGACGGCUCCUGAAGCCAUCGCCUACAGGAAGUUCACAUCAGCCAGCGAUGCGUGGAGUUACGGCAUCGUCAUGUGGGAAGUGAUGUCAUACGGCGAGCGACCAUAUUGGGACAUGAGCAACCAGGACGUGAUUAACGCCAUCGAGCAGGACUACCGGCUGCCCCCGCCCCCAGAGUGCCCCUCCUCUCUGCACGCGCUCAUGUUGGACUGCUGGCAGAAGGAGCGAGCCAAUCGGCCGAGGUUCUGCGACGUGGUGGCGUCCCUCGACAGGCUGAUCCGAAACCCCGCCUCCCUGAAGGUGACGCAUCCAGAGGGGCCGAGCCCGUCCCAGCCUCUGCUGGACCAGCGGAUCCCCCCCCCCCUCUCCGCCUGUGCUUCGGUCUCCGAGUGGUUGCGAGCGAUUAAGAUGGAGCGAUACGAGCAGAGCUUCCUGCAGGCUGGCUUCAACAGCCUGGACAUCGUCUCCCAGCUCAACACGGAAGACCUGCUCAGAGUGGGCGUGACUCUUGCUGGCCAUCAAAAGAAAAUCCUCUCCUCUAUCCAGACACUCAGGAUACACAAGGCCCCGCCCACUCUCCUCUACUGACCAAUCACAGUCCUGCCUUACUCUCUAAAGCCAGAACACUCAGGAGGAGUGCUGCCUUUUUUAACUGACCACUGAACUGUGAUACAAAGUGCCUAUUGACCAAUCAGGACCACUCAGCACAAGUGAUGGCCAACCAAUCAGAGGCAUCUGUUGUGACGGACACGUGGGGCACUCAGAAACCUUCAGAAACACUAAACGCGAACUGUCUUCAUCCUUCAGAGUGCUUGACUGAUCUUAACAAGACCCCAUCCUCCCUCUGACCAAUCAGAACAAAGGACCUCUGGUUGGUCAACACUCAGGACCCUGGACCUGACUAAGAGGAGAACCAGGACCGAAAAGGACUACUGGUCCUGAACCACCUCAUGCUGCUGCUGCAUUUAGGAUACAAGACUGUCCACCAUCCAGUACUCAGGAGAACCAAAGCUCAGCCGACUACAAACUGACCAAUCAGCACUAAGCACACUGAGGAUGGAGAGUCCUUUUAAUAACGGAUGCUCUGAUUGGAUGUGAGCCUCUGUUUUUGUCAUCACCCAGCCCACCUGAGUCAGACUGGUUCACAGCCGAGUCCGUGUCACCCAACCUGGAUCUGCUGGUUUUCUGGAGUGGAUCAGGGUGUCCCAGCUCAUGUGGAGCCUGCAGUAACAAAACUAUGGGCCAGUUUAGGACUAAGCUCCAAUCUCUGCUGGAUUCUUCUUGGAAUAUGAAACAAGAGUGGAUGAUUUAUCUUUGAACGUAUGUGAUCGACUCAUGUCAAGCCGGACCUGACCAGCUGAUGGUCCAAAUGAAAGCUCUUAGAUUUGGACGUUUAGGUGGGGGCAAAAGGAUUUCUGUUUUCAGUGAAUGUGCCUGAGUGGAAUAUUAGGACUGUGGAUAUCUCCUUAUACUCUGUCAGGAAUUAUCAGGAUUUUAACCAAACUUUGUUGACGAUUUCUGGAGGAUAUUUUAAUGGAUGUUGUGGAAAAUAGGGAUAAAACCACGCUGGCAUUCCAAAGCAACUGGUCGGUAUGCUUUAAUAAUGUGGAAAUAUCUUUCUGUGGGACAUCAGGAUUUCCUGAUGGGAUUUAUCUUCUAACUUAUGAACAUGAUCUCCAAAAGUUGCAGUGUCAUUCUCUCCAUAACCAGUCAGGAAUUUUCUGGGGUCAGCUUGGAAAGCAACGGUGAACAUUUUGGGGAAAUCUUCAGGUAUCGUCCAGGUACCACGGUUCGUUUUCAAAAAGUAAUCAGAAAAUCCUGAGAGUUUAAUCCAAGUUACUGUGAUUGUCCAGGAGAUGGAAGUCUCUGGAAUACCUGGAAGACUUUGCGGAGCAUUUUCAUCUCUUUAAAGAACUCUUAAAGGGCCUAGAGUUUCUGUGACACCUGCACAUGGAGGGUCUUAUCUUGAUAAAAUGAUCAUAUUCUGAACGUAGAGCCUUUGUUCCCUAAAUGUUCCCAAACUGAUGGAUCUGAAACUCAGUACGUUUACAUGCAGGUAAAAAAGUCUAAGACUAUUUAAAUUCUUCUGAGUUAAGUACAUUUUGUAUUGUGGUAUAGGUGUAUAAAUGCAGUCUAGAACAAAGAAAUGAUUCAGGCUGGCGUAGGUCUGUCGGUCCUGCCUAAGACUCCACUUUGACCUGAAAGUUCAGCAGCAUGCUAAUCAAAUGCUAAGCAUAGCAGACGCUGCAUGGUCAUCUGCCUUCAGCUGUCACCAAAUAUAUAAAAUAUUAAGUAUAGACCGUAUUCACGGUGAGGGUAGAACGGAUCGGGAGAUCGACCGGCAGAUUGGUGCACCAUCAGCAGUUCUGCAGACGUUGAUGUAAAGAGGGAGCUGAGCUGGAAGGCAAAGCCCUCAGUUUACCUGUCGAUCUUCAUUCCAACCCUCACCUGUGGUCACGAACUCUGGGUGAUGACACAAAGACUAGAAUCAAGGACACAAACACCCAAAAUGAGAAUCCUCAGGAGGCCUUAGAGGUAGGUUAAGGAGCUCCUACAUCCAGAGGGAGUUCCAAGUAGAGCCGCUGCUCCUUCGCUUUAAAGAAGCUAGUUGAGGUGGUUCAGGUGAUCAGGAUGCCUCCUGGUCGCCUCUCUGUGGAGGUCUUUGGGGCACGUCCGACUACCAGGACUCACUGGAGGGAUAACAUAUCUUGUCUGGGUUGGGGUCACCUCAGAUUUCCCCAGGAAGAGCUGGAAAUGUUAAGUGGAUUAUUAUCACCUACUGAAGCAGAGACAGACAUGCUGAUACCAGUAAAUCCAGUUUCCUCAUGGGCGUUUACAGGGAGGACUGUUAAAAUACCUGUUCAUGCUAUAACCAGACUUUACUAGGCAUGUAAACGUACCGACUGAUCUUCAUCCUCUAGUGACUCCUCACCUUAAAUCUGUCCUUCAGUGUACAGCACUUGUGAAACAGAACCCGAAGAGUCCCUAAAGAACCGUUAACAGGUCACAGAUCCGUGAGUCUGAGUCCAGGAACAGAAACGAACAAAGACGAGAACUGUUGAUGGUUUUUGUAUUUUAGCACUUUUUAUACCUGACCUUUUAUUGUGAUCAUGUUUUAAGAUUGAUGUUUUUAUACUUCACUCACAUUUCAGGAGAAACUGUCAUUUUAUUUUGUAAAGAAAAGAAAAAUAAAAAAGUGUCUUAUAUUUCAA